UUUUCCCCCACCAACCCCAGGCAGCCAGUAUAUGAGAAGUUUGGUGGGCUUUAUUGGAUUCCUAUCCAUUUUUGGUCAUCAUCAAAUUUAAGGUUGGUUUUGGGGAUUGGAAUUUCAUUCCAAUAUGGCUGCUGCUGCUGUUAACUCAUCAAGCAUUGCUUCCAAACAGGCCCCUAUUGUGAAUGAUUAUUCCCUCAGAAUUCAUUCUGAUUCCCACAGCUUUAGAUCACUCUCCUUCUCUUCUCAACUUCAGAGUCUCAGUUUAUCUGUAAAAAAUACAGGUUCAAAGAGAGUGUCCUAUUCACAUGAAUUAAGUGUUGUUGUGAGAGCUGAGAGAAGUUCAGAUUCAAUGGAGGUUGAUAUUUCUCUUAGCCCGAGGGUAAAUUCAGUAAAACCUUCAAAGACAGUUGCUAUCACUGACCAAGCCACUGCGCUUGCACAAGCCGGAGUUCCUGUUAUUCGGUUAGCUGCCGGGGAGCCUGAUUUUGAUACUCCAUCUGUGAUAGCAGAGGCAGGGAUCAAUGCGAUCCGUGAAGGUUAUACUAGAUAUACUCCAAAUGCUGGAACGAUGGAACUUCGUUCUGCUAUUUGUCAUAAGUUGAAAGAGGAGAAUGGACUAUCUUACACACCUGAUCAGAUACUCGUAAGUAAUGGGGCAAAACAAAGUAUUCUUCAGGCUGUUCUUGCCGUUUGCUCACCUGGGGAUGAGGUCUUGAUUCCAGCUCCCUUUUGGGUGAGCUACCCAGAAAUGGCAAGGUUGGCUGAUGCUAACCCGGUUGUUCUUCCAACUAGGAUAUCUGAAAACUUUUUGUUAGAUCCAAAGCUUCUUGAGUCCAAACUAAAUGAAAAGUCGAGACUGCUCAUUCUCUGCUCCCCAUCCAAUCCGACAGGAUCUGUAUAUCCUCAUAAUUUGCUCGAGGAGAUUGCCAGGAUUGUAGCUAAGCAUCCUCGGCUUCUAGUGCUGUCUGAUGAAAUCUAUGAGCACAUUAUUUAUUCUCCCGCAACCCACACGAGUUUUGCAUCUCUGCCAGGCAUGUGGGACAGGACUUUGACCGUCAAUGGAUUUUCAAAGGCUUUUGCAAUGACUGGCUGGAGACUCGGGUAUAUUGCUGGUCCCACUCACUUCGUAUCUGCCUGUAAUAAGAUUCAAAGCCAGUUUACUUCAGGGGCUAGUAGCAUAUCUCAAAAGGCAGCAGUUGCUGCCCUAGGACUGGGAUAUGCCGGUGGAGAAGCAGUCUCAAUAAUGGUGAAAGCAUUCCGUGAACGUCGAGAUUUUCUGGUUAAAAGUUUUGGGGAAUUGAAUGGUGUGAAAAUUUCGGAACCUCAGGGAGCUUUCUAUCUCUUCCUUGACUUCAGCUCUUAUUAUGGAGUAGAAGUUGAUGGCUUUGGUUUGAUAAGUGGUUCUGAAUCCUUAUGUCGAUAUCUGCUGGACAAGGCUCAAGUUGCUCUUGUUCCUGGAGAUGCAUUUGGAGAUGAUACCUGCAUCCGUAUCUCGUAUGCAGCUGCCCUUUCCACUCUGCAGGCUGCAGUUGAGAGGAUUAGGAAGGCAUUGGUACACAUUAAGUCUGCUGUCCCAGUCUAAAUCUGUACUGGUUAGUAUAUCGCAAUUGCAAGAUAGGAUGGAUGCAAAACAGUUAUCAUGUUCCAAUCAUAAACUUAGCCAGCUCUGAUGUUCUACAUUUGAUUGUACAUUAUGUAAGAUCUCAACAAUUUGAACGUGGGUGACUCUAUCCUUUCCGUAUCUUUGUAUACCUGAUGAACAACACAUUGUUCACCCAUUCAACCGUUUGUAAUGAGAAAUAAGCCCUUCUUCAAUAAAGAUGUAUUUCUACAUUUCCAGCGAAUCAAUUACGCCAAGUUCCUAGUGACUGAGACAAAAUUCAGG